GCUUAAAACUAAAUUGAGCUGAGAGCGACAUUACUGGAUCGGGUGAGACUAUAAAAAUGAAGAGUAGCAUUACCUUGAAACACAGUAUUUCAAUUCGAAUUUUUCUACUAAUCCUAUCAUGUCUACAACUCUACAUUUUUCUCGUAUCAAAACUGAAAAAAACCAGGAUGGUAUAUUAUAUAAAAGUUACUUAUAUCGGUUAAAAAGUUCAAAUAAAAACGGAACUGAAAAAUGGGUCUGUACUCGUAAUUGUUGUUCGUGUUCAAUUACAAUAAAAGAUGAUACCAUAAUUGGUAGCAGUGGUAUUGAUGAUAACGGCACUCAUUAUCCAAUGCAUGAUCCAAAAUUACCGGAAAAUGUUUUAAAUUGUGUCAGUUCAAUCAAAAAACGUAUUUUAGAAGAACCAACAACUCCAAUACCUCAAAUUUAUGAUCAACAAGUGAAAAAAUUUGUAAGUACUUUAGAAGGGACAAUGGAAGUGCUUCCACGGUUCCAGUAUUUGAUUCUAUUAGACAAUCAUUAUAUUACACUCGUUUAUCCGUAUUCCCAUUAUUACCAAAAAACAUUAGAAUCACUCGUUAUACCUCAACAAAUGGCUUGUACUUCAUUAGAUGAGCAAUUCUUAUUUUGUAAUAAUCCAUAUCCAUAUCCAGUAUUAGGUUUUUGUUCAACGUCAGCGUUAGAAAUUCUCGCGUUACCAAAUAAAAAUGAAACAUCGUAUGAAAUUUUACUUGAUCGCUUAUUAUCAUAUGCAACAGAACAAAAUGUGGCAUUAAGUCCACAGUCAAUUUUAAUUGAUUUUGAAGUUGCUUCAUGGAAUGCUUUCUCGCGUAAGUUUCCUAAGUUUCCAACAGCUAAGGUGAAAGGAUGUCAUUUCCAUUCUGCACAAAACAUAUGGAAAAAGAUCAAGAAGUACGGUUUAACAAAAUUAAUCCUAAAUAAUGGCAACGCACGUCGGCAGGUGGCUAAUAUGAUGGCAUUGCCCUUAUUACCUCCAAAUGAGGUAAAUGAAGCAUUUACAAUCAUAUCGAAGGUUAUCAUGGGCAAAACCUGGUUUUUAGAAACUCUAAAAAUAGCCACAACCUUUCUUAAUGGGGGAUGA